AUGACCUCCAGGCCCUUGUUCACCUCGGGGCGAAUGUGUCUGAGCAUCGUCGCCCUCGCCACCAGCGUCGGGUGCUACAUGGCGGACUGGAACGAGACGCACGUCAAGAACCCGCGGUGGCCGCCGCACGCGCGCUUCCACAACGGACAGACCAUGUCUAUGGGCCUGUGUCUGGGCGUGCUCACGGCCUAUUUCGCCUGGAGGCCUGUUCUGGACCGCUACAACGCGGAUGAUGGGCGAACUGCUACUAAGAGUGGCAGUGGGGGCACGAGGAUAGCAGAGACAGCACGGAGCGGGAGAGGCAAGGGUCAUAUAGGAGGUAUAGGUGAGAAGGAGAGCGUCACGAUUUCCGCAGUGCUGGGGACUCUGUACUGGAUCACCGGCCUCAGUGGGAUCCUGUAUCCCGGCACGAAAUGGGUCGAUCCCGAGUUUGGCGAAGGGGCACCGCAGGUGCCGCUUUUCGUGGGCCUAGCUGUCCUCGCUUGGUGCGGCUGGGGGUUGGAAAUGAGGCGGCUAGGCCAAGUCUAA